GGAAAUGGAUCCCCCUUCUUCCGCGACAGCGGGUCCAUAACUAUCCUCCAUCGCACUGCUUGCCGGCACCUCCCCCACCCCAUCGCCGCCACUGCGCCCCUCGCCGGCAGCGGCUCCUCCCCGCCUCUCCGCUGCCGCCUGCUUAUCUUCUUCGUUAGCGGCAGCGAGGACGUGGCACGGCUCCUCCGCCCAUGACCCAGCUCCAGCGCCGCGUCCGCGCGCCAAGAUAGGGUUUGCUUCUUGCGGCCUCCGGCCUCGGUGCGGUGGAAAGGCAAGGCGGCGGCCCAGUGGUGAAGCGGAGGUAGGUCUGUGGGGCGCCUCCCCGUCGGAUGGACGCCGAUGAGGUGGCGGAGAGCAGCAGGAGGAUGGAUCUGAACCUCUACCUCGGCCUCCCCCGCGCCCCGCGCCCACGCCGCUCCGACCUCGGCUCCGACCUCGCCCUUAGCACACCGAUGCCCUCAUCCCCGUCUUCCUCCGCCGCGUCCGUCGACGCGCCGCCGCCGCCGGAGCCCCUGCACCCGCCGUACUCCCCCUCCCGCGCCGACCUUUCCCCUCCGCCGCCGGAGGUGUACUCCCCGUACUACCCCGAGGACCCGCCUGCUCCGGACGCGCAUCUGCCGUACGUGCCCCCGCCGGGGCCGCUUAUCCCCGAGUUCCAACACGACCUUGGGUUGGCCUUCCAGGCCCCGCCGCCGCUGGUGCGGGCCAGCGAACUUCUUGGGUGGGAAGACCGGCCUUCAUCGUCGACGGCCUCCUCAUCUUUCUUCCCAGACACUACUGCCCGGUACCGGCGGCUGCUCGAGCAGACUGGAAGCCGAUGGCUCCGCACGAGAAGGUUUAGGUCUGAUCUUCCUCCCCUCAGCUCUGAGGCUCGCCCCACAGGGCAGGACGCCGCGGUGCCGGUGCCCCAGCAUGAGUCUGCAACUGAUACUGCUGAAGUAAAUAAGGUGACUGCCAACGGAGCAGAAUUAGGUGCCUUGGAGGAGAGGGGCAAGACUGUCGCCACAUUUGAGUGUAACAUAUGCUUUGAGAUGGCUAGUGAGCCGGUAGUCACUUCUUGUGGCCACCUCUUCUGCUGGCCUUGCUUGUAUCAGUGGCUUAAUGUUUACUCCAACCACAAGGAAUGUCCAGUCUGCAAAGGUGAGGUGACAGAUGCAAAUAUUACUCCUAUAUAUGGUAGAGGGAAUUCGGAUGGAGAGAAGGCAGUGGAAGAUGUGAAGUCACCAGGUCCUACAAUCCCGCCGAGGCCACAUGGAAAUCGCCUUGAAAGCUUCAGGCAACAGUUCCACCAUAUGCGACCUAUCUCAAGAAGGCUUGGUGAGGCGCAUGGGUUACUGUCAUCAUGGAGGCGCCUUCUUGAUCAGCAGAUUAUGAAUAGCGUGAGUAGGUUUGAAGGGCCGUCUGAAUCAGCUGUGCCGGAAAUAAAUGACAGUGCUCAACAUGCUAGUCGCCUAAGUAGAUUGGCAUUGGCCACAAGGAUGAGAGCAAGGCGGUUGCAGAGAGAAGCAGAGAACCCCCCUGAUGGUGGUUCCAUUGGCCCGGAUAAUGAUUUGCUUGGAAACAAUGCAUCCGAAUCAUCCAGACGUGGCUCAACUCCACAUGUACAAGAUGGACUUGAUUUGUUGGAACGUCUUGCCUUUAUUGGCAUUGCAAACACGGAAAGAUUGGCAACUGCCAUGAGUGACCUUAGAAGAAUAGCUUCACCAAGCCAAUAUGGAGGAUCUGCAUUAUCAUCGAAUCCUCAAAAUCAUGAGUCAACAGCUGAUGGAACUCAUGUUGCUGGAGCACCUUCUGCAGACCAAGCAUCUAACUCGAGCACUAUCGCAGUGAUACAGGGGGAUGCUGGUAUUUCUGAGAGUGCAGGAGAGCCUAGCAAUGCAGGGUCUUCGAGAUCCCUGAGGAGGAGAGGGAGGAACAACACCCUGGGUUCUUUGGAUGUGGAUGGUGGAGGCCUCCAACGUAACAAGAGACGCAGAAUGAACUGAACCUUCUCGAUGUUGUUUGCAGUUGAGUGUAUGAACAGAAAGGAAAUGGACAGAUUUUGUUGCUUGACAACGUCCACGGCCUGAUCUCUUAUUCUCAUUUGUCCGUGAAGUUACUUUCACUGUCAUAUCUUUCAGUUCUAAUUGAUGAUUUGGGCAACGAGAUGAAAGCUCAGACCUCCCUUGAACUCUGUUAUCUAUGCAACAUUUUCAUUGAACAGGGGAGGAGGUAACUAAGUUAUCCUCUGCCUUCACAUAGAUCCUUUUGUAAGCUUAGUUAUCUUUUAAAAAUCACUUCAACAGUAUACUCUGCAUUGAACAUUUGACCAAUAUACAACAAUGACUUGACAUGGGGU